CUUUAUCCUAUCCUAGGUAUUCCUUAGCCUGUCAGCACAGGUGUCAGUCACAAAAGGACAAUGAAUGCUGAAUCCGUUAACGACAACUAACUUUUAACAAGUAGCAGGCUGGCCUUCUGCCAGGGGCCGCCUCUGUUCAUCAACAGCACUGUCUGAUAGUGGGAGACUUAUUAAAGGCCAGGAUCGCGGGCAGCAAGCGCAAAAAUCUAAGAGCGGACAUUAAAAGAAGUGUUCCCAUUAUAAAGCUUGUCAUCUACGGGAUGGAGCCCCCUGACAGCUCCGUGCAGAGCCCCGACCUCGUGUCUUUAGAAUUAACGGUGGAAAACGUCGAAAAAGCCCUCCAGCAACUGUACUAUGACCCGGACAUGGAGCAUAAGAAUGUGGCCCAGAAGUGGCUGACUCAGGCCCAGACCUCCCGUCAGGCCUGGCAGUUCUGCUGGCCUCUGCUCAGUCCAGACAAGCUUCCUGAGAUCCAGUUCUUUGGCGCCAGCACCCUGCACACCAAGAUCUCCUGUCACUGGGCCGACCUCCCCACAGACCAACACCAGACACUGAGGAUGCAGCUCCUUUCCCACAUCUCCCACUUCUCCUCUGGGCCAAAGAUGGUGCUGACCAGGCUGUGUGUGGCCCUGGCCUCCCUGGCCCUCCACACCAUGCCCCAGGGUUGGCCCCAGGCUGUGGCUGACAUGGUCAGGGUCUACCAGCCUGAGAAGGCUGGGGAUCAGGGCGGAUGUCAGGGUGGGGUUGGUGGAGGAGGUGGGGCAGAGGAGGAAGUGAACGCCCACGCACACUGCCUGGCCCUGCUGGAGCUCCUCACCGUGCUGCCAGAAGAGUUCCAGAGCUGCAGGCUGCCCCAGGCCCGUCGUGCCCAGCUGAGAGAGGCCCUGGCUGGGGAGUGGAUGGCGGUAUGUCCCCUGCUGCGCCAGCUGCUCCAGAGACAGGAGGGCAACAGCCAGGUGAAGGAGCGGGCCCUACGCUGCUUGUCUAGCUGGGUGGGACUGGAUGUUCCUCUGCAUGGGGAGAGCGAGGGGCUGCUGCAGGACUGUUUUGCUGCUCUGUCAGACCCAGAGCUGUUUGACACUGCCGUGGAGACCAUUGUCAGCUCUAUAUCCCAACCUGACUGCCAGAGAUACACUGAUGCUCUGGUGAACUUGAUGCCCCUGGUGCUGGGUCUCCAUGACCAGCUGAAAGCCGCAGCGAGGGACGGAGACAUGGAGACCUCCCAUGGCAUCUGUCGCAUCGCUGUUGCUCUGGGGGAAACACACUCCAGGACUCUUCUGGAACAGGUGGAACACUGGCAGGGAUACCUGGCCCUAGUCAACAUGAUCCUGUUCUGUACUGGCAUCCCCGGGCACUACCCAGUCAACGAGACCACCAGCUCCCUCACACUCACCUUCUGGUACACUCUGCAGGAUGACAUCCUGUCAUUUGAGGAGGACAAGCAGGUAGUCUACCUGCAAGUCUACAGACCAGUCUACUUCCAGCUGGUGGACGUUCUGCUCCACAAGGCCCACUUCCCCUCAGAGCAGGACUAUACUUCCUGGUCCUCAGAUGACAAGGAGCAGUUCAGGAUCUACAGAGUCGACAUAUCAGACACUCUGAUGUAUGUGUACGAGAUCCUGGGGGCGGAGCUUCUCAGUAACCUCUAUGAUAGACUGGGCCGACUGCUGAUGGACACGGAGAGACCGACAGCAUGGCAGGACACUGAGGCCCUUCUCUUUGGCUUCCAGGCUAUAGCAGAGACCAUAGACGUCAACUACUCUGAUGUCAUCCCAGGCCUCAUCGGUCUGAUCCCACGGAUCAGUAUAAGCAACAUUCAGCUCGCUGACACCGUCAUGUACACUAUAGGUUCUCUAGCGGAGUGGCUGGCGGACCAUCCGAUGAUGUUAGGCAAUGUAUUACCAAUGGUGCUCCAGGGCUUGGUGAAGGCUGAGCUGUCCGUGUCCAGCGUGUCCACAUUGAAGAGAAUUUGCAGAGAGUGUCGUCACGACCUCGCCCCUUACAUCCAUGACAUCAUGACCGUGUCACAGGACGUACUGGUCAAAGAUAUCCACAAGAGCAGCCAGUGCAUGUGGCUGAUGCAGGGCCUGGGCUUCCUACUCUCUGCCUUGCCAAUGGAGGAGAUCCUGGGCAGCCUGACCACCCUCCUCACCCCCCACAUCCAGAGGCUAGACACCCUGGCACACCAGGAGCCCAGCCCCACUGCCAAGCUGUCUAUCAUCCACAUCCUGGGUAUGCUGUCCAGUCUGUUCACUACGCUGGACAUCAGCAGGCAGGACGAGGGGUCAGAGGGCACCACCCCAGCUCAGGCCAGGCCCAACCCAGUGGUGGUGGUCUUACAGCAGGUCUUCACAUUGAUCCAGACCAUCCUCAGCAAGUGGCUCAGUGACUCAGAAGUGGUGGAGGCAGUGUGUGGGGUGUUUGAGAGGUCCGUAAAGACCCUCCUCAAUGACUUUGCUCCCAUGGUACAACAGCUCAGUGAGAUGCUGGGACAGAUCUACAGCGCCUUCCCACAAGCCUCUGCUCUCGACCUCACACGCCAGAUGGUCCACAUAUUUGCAGGUGAGAAAGAUCAUUUCAGCCCCAUCCAGGCCCUUAUUGAGCUGGUCACAUCCACCACCCUCUCUAUCUUCCAGCAAGGCCCAAGGGAACAUCCUGAUAUUGUUGAGUCAUUCAUGCAACUCCAUGCCCAGGCCCUCAAAAGGAAGCCUGACCUCUACCUGUCUGACCAUCAAGAUGUAAAGGCUCUAUUCUACUGCGGGGUCCUGUCACUCAAGUUCCCGGAGACGCCUACAGCGAAGUCAGCCUGUAUGUUCUUUGCAGAGUACACCUGGCAUACCCCUUUAAUCCACUGACUGAAAAAGUGAGUGGUGUUCCUUUCACCUCUAUGGUGGCAUCCAGUUUAAGCCAGGCCCAGGCCCAGCUCCACUUCAUCCCUGAAUCCACUUGUUUAACAAGCAACACCUCAUUUUCAGGGGCGGCAGGUAGCCUAGUGGGUAGUGUUGAACCGAAAGGUUGCUGGAUCGAAUCCCCGAGCUGACAAGGUAAAAAUCUGUCGUUCUGCCCCUGAACAAGGCAAGCAACCCCCUGUUUUUUAGAGGGAAAACAUCAGUUCACAGAUAGUUCAUUAGUUAGUUAACAUUUCACACAGAUUGCCAGGGUCCAGUAAGCAACUAACGCGUUAUAACUUGGAAGAACACCAAGGAGUCGUAUACCAUUUAAUACUACAGCGAAUUGGUUAGGUUAUUAAUGUUAGCUCAUCUGAUGUUGUAACGUUAGAUGUCUGACUAUUAGCCAGCUAAUUUCACACCAUAAACUCAAUUAUUUGAUCAGUUAAGUUGGCUAAUGUUGCUCAACAUUUCUCUGGCUAGCUAACGGAGAAUUCCAUCCAGCUAGCAAGAUACUUAAUGAUAACAAUACUUGUUCCACCACACUUUCCAAAUGCCAGUAGUUUUUCGGUUAUAGCUCAUGAAAUAGCUUCAUCACCUUCUCACCCCGUUUCCGUGAUCAGGCUUCUCACAUACCUCUUCGUUAUCAUUCAGGAGUCGAGCAAACUGCCUUUCCUAUGGAGGUACAUUUGUAAAUGUACCUCCAUAAUUUCCACUCUCCCGCUGUCUUUCCAGAGCGCAGGCUGAUGAUGUAACUAGCAA